GUAGAGUGAAGCAAUGGCUACUACUUCUCCUAAUAAUAAGUCUCGUCGCUUAGCUAAUUUUCACUCAACUGUUUGGGGAUAUCAUUUCCUUUCUUAUACUCCUGAAAUAAGUACCCAAGAGAAACUUGAAGUUGAUGAGUUAAAAGAAAUAUUCAGGAAAAUGUUGAUGGAAACUUGUGAUAAUAGCACUCAAAAACUUGUGUUGAUAGACACAAUCCAACGAUUGGGAGUAGAAUAUCAUUUCCAUAAUGAAAUCGAAACAUCCAUUCAAAAUAUUUUUGAUUCUCAACUACAGAGUGAGAAUAAUGAUGACAACCUUUACGUUGUUGCUCUUCGUUUUCGACUGCUAAGGCAACAAGGACAUUACAUCUCUUCUGAUGUCUUCAAGAAAUUCAUAGAUCAUGAUGGAAAAUUCAAAGAAAACCUUACUGAUGAUGUUCAAGGAUUAUUGAGUCUACAUGAAGUAGUACAUCUGAGAGUACGCGGGGAGGAAAUUCUUGAAGAAGCUCUUAUCUUUACUAUCACUCAUCUCGAAUCUAUGCUCUCCAACUCGAACAAUGACUCGAUUAAGGUUCAAAUUACUGAAACCUUAAGCCAACCUAUUCACAAGACUGCAGCAAGGAUGGGAGCUAGGAAAUACAUAUCCACCUAUGAAAACAAUGAUGCACACGACAAUUUUCUUUUGAAAUUUGCAAAAUUGGAUUUCAACAUGCUACAAAAGAUGCACCAAAGAGAGCUUAGUGAGCUUACAAGGUGGUGGAAAGAUUUGGAUUUUGCAAACAAAUUGUCACAUGUAAGAGACAGAUUGGUUGAGUGUUACUUUUGGAUACUAGGAAUGUAUUUUGAGCCUAAAUAUAAUCGUGCUAGAACAAUGAUGACUAAAGUACUAAAGAUGAGCUCUAUUAUUGAUGAUACAUAUGAUGCUUAUGGAACACUUGAUGAACUUGCAUCUUUCACCGAUGCAAUCCAAAGAUGGGAUAUCACUGCAAUCGAUUCAAUCGAGCCAUAUCUAAGACCUGCUUAUGAAGCUCUUCUAGACGUUUAUAGUGAAAUGGAACAAGUAUUGGCCAAAGAAUGUAAAUCAGACCGUGUAUACUAUGCAAAACAAGAGAUGAAGAAUUUGGUGAGUGCCUAUUUUAAGGAAGCCCAAUGGUUAGAUGGUGGCUGUAUUCCAAAAUGUGAAGAGCACUUGGAGAAUGCACUUGUAAGCUCUGGCUGUCUUAUGGCAACCGCUUCUUCCUUGGUUGGUAUGGAGGAAUUUAUACCCAAACAGACUUAUGAAUGGUUAAUGAAUGAGCCUUUGAUUGUACGAGCAUCCUCAAUGAUUUGUAGAGCAAUGGACGAUAUUAUUGGACAUGAAACUGAACAAGAAAGAGGACAUGUAGCUUCAAUUAUUGAAUGCUACAUGAAAGAAUAUGGAGCUUCAAAGCAAGAGGCAUACAUGAAGUACCAUAAAGAAGUCAUCAAUGGAUGGAAGGAUGUAAACAAAGAACUUCUCCGUCCUACUAAAGUGCCAAUAUUUGUCCUUGAACGAGUUUUAAAUUUUGCACGUGUGAUGGACAUGUUAUACAAAGAAGAAGAUGCAUAUACAAACUCCAAAGGCAAACUAAAAAAUAUGAUUAGCUUGUUACUAGUUGAAUCUAUCAAAAUAUGAAAAUCAUUAUG